AUGUCAAGUGAAGAUGGUCCUGUGCCAAUAAGAGAUCGGGCCCCUUCGAGGCUAGACUUAUUCGACAACAAUCUCAAGUUGGACAUUAGGGCACACCAAAGAACUUAUGAAGGUGCAUACACAAGAACCUCAAUUGGUUGCUUAUCAUUUUCAAUUUUAAUUAUUAAAAUAUUCUCCAAAGAGUUUUUACCAAUUGGUACUAUAUAUACAGUCUAUGGAUGCGUCCUUUAUUUUAUCGGGGUCUACAAGUCAAAUUCAGUUGAUGUGUUUUACAAUCCACAAAAGAACAUGGAAAUGUACAAGACAGGCGGCAACUUUGUAUUGAUUUUAACCAUUAUAAGUUUAAGCUGCUAUAUUGCCCUCUUGGUGUUGAUCUUGCGCAUGUGA